CUACCCAACUAUCCUAACACCCAUCCCCCCUCCCUUUUUUUAUUGCACUUUUUCUCUCUUUUUUCCACGUCCCUUCUUUCUCCUACCGCACUCCAUGUGCGCACAGCGCACUCCCCUCCCGCGUAUUUUAGUCACCACCACCAUUUCCCGAUUAACCUCUUCUUCCCAUCAAAUUUCUACAUCCCUUCUCUUUUCUCACGCUAAAAUCAAACCUCAAGUUGCAACAAUGCUUCAGAUUUUCGAAAUCAUCGAAUUUCAAUUUUUAUAAUAUAUAUUUUUACCAAGUUCUGCUAGCACGCGCCAUCGAUACGACGCCGUUUGAUCUCCGUCGUUCUGGUCAACUUUGGAGAAGCUUGAGUUCUUAAUUUUAUAGAUUGAAUCAAUGGUUUUGCAGAGUGAGGUUUUGGCAAGGUGAAGAGUCUUUGUUUUGAUUUUUUUUUUUUUUAGUAUGGAGAGAAAGGGGCUUGAUUUGAAUAAAGAAACAAGUGGUGUGAAUAAUGGUAAUAAGAUUGGUGAUGGUUUUGUUGAUAGAAGUAAAGUAAGGAUUUUGCUUUGUGAUACCGAUUCAAAUACCUCUCAAGAGGUUGUUACACUUCUCUUGAGAUGUUGUUAUCAGGUUAUUUCAGUGAAGUCAGCAAGACAGGUAAUUGAUGCACUGAAUGCAGAGAGUGAAAAUAUAGAUCUCAUAUUAGCUGAAGUUGGCCUUCCGAAGAAGAAGGGUAUGAAGAUGUUGAAGUACAUAGCACGAGAUAAAGAAUUGCGCAGAAUUCCUGUCAUAAUGAUGUCUGCACAAGAUGAGGUAUCUGUUGUUGUUAAGUGCUUGAAACUUGGAGCAGCAGACUAUCUAGUAAAGCCCUUGCGCACAAACGAGCUAUUAAAUUUGUGGACGCACAUGUGGAGAAGGAGACGCAUGCUUGGACUUGCAGAGAAGAACAUGUUAAAUUAUGACUUUGAUCUGGUAGCAUCAGAGCCUAGUGAUGCCAAUACAAAUAGUACCACCUUGUUCUCAGAUGACACCGAUGAUAGGUCCAAAAGAAGCACCCUUCCAGAGACAGGAAUGUCAUCCCAACAAGAGCAUGAGUCUACUAUUGCUAAUGCCGCUGAUGUUGAGGAACCCCCAGAUGACCAUGCUUCUGAAAGUCAGCCUGAUGCUCAUGGAAUAAAUGAUCAGAGGACAGAACAUUUUUCAUCUGGUCCAAAAAAGAGUGAACUAAGGAUCGGGGUUGGGGAGUCAUCAGCCUUCUUCACAUAUGUUAAAGCAUCAAUGAUAAAGAGAAACAUUGAAGGGAUCAUUCAUGUUGACAACAAUUCUGCUGCACAUGUGCAGAUGGAAGUUAUGCAUCAAACAUUUGCUCAACAAGGGGUUAAUGACCUCGAAAUAUGUAAAAAUGGAGAGACGUGUGAAAGUCAAUCGCAAGAUGACUUCCCCAGCAGCAAUAGUAUACCUGAUUCCUUAUCUAUUGAGAGAUCUUGUACUCCACCUUCAUCUAAGGAAGCUUCACAUCAAAACGGUUAUAGAGAAGAAAAUUUGAAUCACAACCGUCCGAAACAUCCAAGAAAUGGAACAUCUUGUUCCGAGCUUGAAAUGUCAAACAUGGCCGCACAACAUGCUUAUCCAUAUUAUAUGCCGGGAGUUGUUAAUCAUGUUAUGAUGCAUUCGUCAGCACAAAUACAUCAAACCAAUGACCUGCAGAAUCAUGCUGCGACAUCUAUGAUUGCCCAGUACAACCAUGUUCCACAAGGCGGUCCUCAUGCCACUGCAAUGAUGUCUUAUCCGUAUUACCCGAUGAGUAUGUGCUCACAACCUGGUCAGAUUCCUACACCUAAUUCAUGGCCAACCUUUGGAGGUUUAAAUCCAUCCGAAGCAAAUUUAAGUAAAGUUGAUAGGAGAGAAGCAGCGUUGAUUAAAUUCAGGCAGAAAAGGAAAGAGCGCUGCUUUGAUAAGAAAAUUAGGUAUGUCAAUCGAAAACAACUUGCUGAAAGUCGGCCUGGUGUGAGGGGGCAGUUUGUCAGAAAGUUGAAUGGUGCUAAUGUGGCUCUUAAUGGACAGCCUCCUUCCAUUGAAUUUAAUGAAGAUGGUCAAGAAGAUGAAGAUGAACAGGGAGCUAAAGACUCUCCCAGAGAUGCUUGAAUACCUCAAUAAUUUGCUAUUUCAUCCAAAUGAUGAAGGACCAAUCAAUUCAUGUAUUAUCCUGUCAAGGAUCUGCCUAUAUUAAUUGCUUCAACGGAAAGUUUGCGCAUCCAAAUGAUGAAGGACCAAUCAAUUCAUGUAUUGUCCUGUCAAGGAUAUGCCUAGAUUACUUACUUCAAUGGAAAGUUUAUGCAGUGGCAUUAAUUGGUCAUCACUUACUUUCAUAUGGGGGGAUUGCAGGACACUAUUUUUAACACUAGAGUAAAAUCUAAUGUUGGCUGGCCACUAUUUUGUACACUUCAAAGUUCAAAGGAAUAAUAUAGAAUGUUCAGAGAAAUUGUCAACCUUUUCCCUGUACUUGUUUUAAACUAAUUCAGAAUGUCCAAGUUAGGCAGCUGGAAUUUAUGGUUUAAUUUUGAUGAAUUUAAAUAUUAAAAUUUAUAUUAGUUUUAUAAUUUUUUGUUGCAAUUAUUGAUGUAGAAAAAAUUGUUCUCUAAACUAUAAACAACAAUAUUUAAAUAAAAAUUGAGUAGCUGAAUUCAGUUGUUUAAUUAAAAGUGAAUUGUUCAGGCACA